AUGCGCUGUUGUCAGAUGGUCAUGGGUCCUGCGGGCACCGGAAAUUCUACAUAUUGCAACAAUAUGCACGAGUUCCGUGCAGCGUCUGGGCGCAUGACCGUCGAGGACGUAAUGGAGGAGUUAGGCUACGGACCGAAUGGUGGGCUCAUCUACUGCAUGGAAUAUCUUGUGCAGAACCUCGACUGGCUGCAAGACUUGCUGGGCGAAUACAGCGAUGAAGCCUAUUUCAUCUUUGACUGCCCAAGCCAGAUUGAGUUGUACUCGCACCUUCCGGUGAUGAAGCAGCUUUGUGAUUCAUUGAAGGACUGGGGCUUCAAUAUUUGCUGCGUUUUUUACUUGAUCGACUCAUUAUUUAUUGUUGACCCGACCAAGUUCGUUUCCGGUGUGCUUUGCUCACUGUCGGCGAUGGUCCAGCUCGAGUUGCCUCACAUCAAUGUGCUCACGAAGUGUGAUUUGGUUGACGAUAAAGAGCUAUCAAAAUAUUUGGAUCCGUCGGAGGGUUCGGCGAUUUGCAAUGUGAUCAAUGACUUCAGCAUGGUGGCCUUUGUUCCCAUGAAUAUUAACCGCGAAGAGAGCAUCGAGGCUGUGCUCAUGCAUGUUGAUCAUGACAUUAACUAUGGCGAUGACUUGGAACCUCAGGAGCCGAAAGACCGGGAUACUGACGAAUAG